CAGUAUAUUCGUGACCAUUAUCAUGAAGACCCAGACAGUUAUAGUGCAGAGAUCCAUGAGCUGGAGGGCCUGCGAGCCAGUGCCAUCCAUGCUUAAAAGGGGACUUCACAGGGUGCUCCACCCUCAAGAAAUACUACUGCCAGCUGCACUAUCUUCUCUCCAGAUUCCCACUUAAUGAGAACUCGAGUAUUGCUGUAACAUUUAAUUGGUAUGACAUUUAUUCUAGCAUGGUGUAUAAUGUCACAGACAUUAAGUAUGAAAUGGCCUGCAUUCUUUAUAAUAUCGGGGCUCUGCAUACUGAACUAGGGGCCAUGGAUGCCAGAAAUACACCAGAUGGGAUGAAGAUAAGUUGUACACAUUUCCAAUGUGCAGCUUGGGCAUUUCAGUAUCUGCGAGACACGUAUCCACAACCACGGGAGUCAGACCUAAGUCCAACAUUGUUGACAUUUUUGUACAAUGUUUCACUAGCACAAGCUCAGGAAUGUAUUCUUGAGAAGAGCAUGACAGACAACCGCAAGCCAACAAUUAUUGAAAAAGUUGCAAUGAAGUGUAAAAUCCCGAAAAGCAAUAACAACCUUUGGGCCUAA